CACCGACACCAAUUUACUGAAGACGAAGAAGAGAUUUGGCCGUUUUGGAGGCAACAAAAUAAAACGUAGUGUUUUGAAGUCGGUUGCAUGGAUACAGUUAUAUUUCUACGUACGCUAUUCCGAUAAGGUUUAAUAAAUUUGUGUUUAACCACAUUAAGACGGUGAUACGCUUCUCUGUUUAGCUGCAUGGAGACCAAAGCGGCUGUUCUGCUGAAUGCGGUUCCUCCUUACGGACAUGUUAUUGCCAGCGAGAAAUGGAGAAACUCGUCCCUCAUUCAAAGCUUAAAGGGUGGAGGUGUGAAAAUCCUCUUUGAGAGUGAGCUCGGUGUGGCAGAUUUCCACCUGCCCAACAAAAUCAGCAUCCUCUACGUGUCCGAGUGCGACAUCAUAGCAGGAAACAGCUACAAGAGGAAACUGGUUCGCUACAGAAAUACCAGCAGUAGUUUCCAGGAGCUGGUGCUGGUGGAGAACACCAGACUCAGUGCGCAGUACUUCUCCGCAGUGCAGAAGUUUGUGGUGUUUGACCUCGGCCUGACUCUACUGCCGGUCAGCGGGCAGACUGAAGCCUCACAGCUCAUCACUCAGAUCGUUCAUGGGGAGGGGAGAGAGAACCCCUUCAAGAGGAGGAGUUCGUCUCGGCUGUUGGACCCGCUGGUCCUGGCUCUGGUCCAGCAGGUCCCUGGGGUCGGCAGGGUCAAAGCUCUGGUCCUGCUGCAGCACUUCUCCAGCAUCCAGCAGCUCUGCAACGCCGUCCCUGCCGAACUGGAGCCCAUCGUGGGUCAGGCUGCAGCUCAGCAAAUCCACAGCUUCUUCCACAAAGCCACUGCUGCUGGAUCCUGAAGGCUUGACUCUGGGUCUUUAUCUAACAAGGAAGGUUUGGAUUUAAUGAUAGUGCAGAUACUCUUGGGCUCACACGGACACUAACUCUUUAUUUGAAAGAUUGCAAUGCUAAGAAAUCUAACUUUGCAGUGUUUCUACUAGUGUACAAACUUUAAGAAACAAUAUUUGUUUACUGUUCACUUGAGGCAGCCACGUUCACUUUCAUCACCUUAUGAAACUCGGAAAACAUGACCGGCUUUGAGACUUGAAAUUUGACGUGUGUGUAUGAAAGAGUAUGUUACGAAGUCAACAGAUAAUAUGUGAAUAAAACUACAAUACAUGAGCAUCUUUAUUUGUGGAUGAUGUCCAUAUGUAUGUGUGAUUAAACAGAAAGCAGUGAUGGAGCAGUCAGUGGUUUGUCUAUUUGUAGACUGAUACAUGUGGUCAGACAGUUUUUAAAGCACUUUAGGCAACAGUGAAAUUAAGGAUUGAAAAGAAAUAGUACAGUUUUCUAUGACAUGUAGAUGUCAAAAACUGACAAUCAACACCCAACUAUAUAAUGGCAAGAUGCAGAAAAGGUUAAAUACUACAUGUCCUUAUGAGAAAUAUUGUUUUUUCUGUUGGAAUUGUUUCAUGCUGUCAGGUACAACAUGUGUUGUUUGCAAUUCCAGUCUCUUAUUAUUGCCCUUGUCUUGUAAUGGAAGUUCUUUAGUUUGUUUGAAAUACAAAAACCUACUCGAGUCCCAAACUAGUGUUGCAACCAGUUUGUAUCACUCAUUGCCUGCAUAACUGACAUUUUUCUGCCAUUAUUUAGUUUUAGUACUGCUUAAAUGUUCACAUUUUGACAUGUGUGAUCAUUAGUCAACAUUAUACUGUUUGUUUAUUGCUGUUUAGUUGAUGGUUUAAUGUUAGUCCCAGUUUGUGCCUCGUGUAUUGUGGUUACAUUCAUGUCACAGAGCUAAGUAGUCAGUAGCCAGUAGUCAGUAAUUUGUGCCAGUAUGUAAAACUUUUUGAUCAAUGAUCAGACAAUAAAAAGUUUUGAAUUUGGCACCCAGACAUUUAA